GGUGAAGAGCCCACCAGACUGCUCACAAGCGAUGGCUGCCCGGUGGCUGUGCCUCCUAGUCCUGCUUGGGCUCCUCUCAGGAGGGAGCGGCGCACUUCCCAAGAAGAGGAAGGAGCCGGAGAAGCCCCUCGACAAGAUUGCCAUCCAGAAAAACUUCAAUCUCGACCAGUUCCUUGGAAAGUGGUACCUAGUUGGCGUGGCUUCCAAGUGCAACUACCUGCGGGAGAACAACUUUCGGGUGGAGGCCACCACGAUUCAGCUGAGCCACCCCACCGAGGCCAAGGAGACCGUGGCCAUCAGCACGCUGCGCAAGCUAAACCUGCAGUGUUGGGACCUGCGGCAGACCUUGGCCCUGACCGACAAGGCUGGCAAGUUUGUCCUCAAAGGAAAGAGGAAAGCGAAUGACCUGACCAUUGUGGUGGGUGACACGGACUACGCCACCUAUGCCAUCAUGUACCUCCAGAAACAGAAUAUGAUCACCAUGAAGCUGUAUGGUAGGUCGGUGGACCUGUCGGACCAGAUGAUCGAGAAGUUUGAGGGGCUGGCCGCCUCUCAGGGUAUCACAGAAGACUUGGUCUACUACUUCCCCCGAUAUGGUUUCUGUGACACAGUGGACGAGUCUUACACUGUCAGUAAGUGUCUUCAUCGCUAGAGGGGGUUAGAUAAUGGUGGGCUGCCCACCUCAGCUGAUAGGCUUACAAUACCAACAGCAUACUUCAUGGAUUGUGCUGAGUGACAUGCUGGGUAUCUCAUGCCCCCCAUGGUAAGAACCCUCCAUAGCCAGCCUGACUGGUCCAUAGACCACUUUUUAGAGUCUGGUAAAAUCAAGGGGGCACCCAUGAAUGCCUUUGAAGGAAUUUGAAGACUGGCAUCACAGCACAUGCAUCCGCAUUAUGUUACCCCAAAAGUCAAAACAAUUGGGGGGCUGGCUGCAAUCAGACUGGGCACCAUGAGUGUGCCAGACAUAAAGCCUUAGAAGGCCUAGAGACUGGCACUGAUGUGCAAUGCUUGGUCAUGCCAAGGGGGCACCCAUGAACACUUGAGAAAGUUAAUUCUACUGAAUAGGCCUGGGGACUGGCAUCACGGGACACUGGGCAUUGCAUUAUGUUCACCCAAAACCAAUCCAAUCAAUGCCGUACUGGACCUCAUGGGUCCACCAGACAGUUGGCAUGCUUUAUGGGCAUCAGGUCUGUUUCCACACUACAGGGCCUGGCACUCACCAUGAGCCUCCACAUGAUUGGACACCUGUAGAUGAGUGGCAGUGUGAAAAGUGAUGAGGAGGCUCCAGCCUGGGUGAGCUCUGGUGGUACCCUUAAUGGGCACUUGUGAUCUCACUUUUAUUUGUCUCUUUUACCUUUGCAGAAAUGUGAAGAUCAACAUCUCAAUAAACCUACUGAGCCCAUAUGGCA